UUCUCCCUCUGGUAAGCAUUCGGCACACGCAAGACGGCGAGCUGAAGGAGACUUGGCGGCGCUAUAAACAACACGGAGAUUCACGGGGGGGGGAAAGCGAUGGACUUGGCAACGUUCUACUUUGUGUGCGUGAUCGCGUUCAACAUAGCUGUGUUCAACGAGCUCGCGUGGGGUUUAUUCGGCGCCGGGCUCGGUCGGGCUCACUCCGAUUGAGAUUGAGGAGCAAACACAGGAGUGGAAAGGCGAAGAAGAAGAAGAAGGUAGAUUGCAUCCUCAAGUUCCUUGGGGCGAUACUCCCGCAUCCUGACUGCCCUUGCCAAGAUCGCCGACUAGCUGCUGGACGAAGAGCGAUCGCGGAAGGGGCAGUGAACGAACGGCGGACGCGUGACAUGAGUGUACCAUGUUUAAAAAAUCCCGGUUUCUUUUGCUCCGUGGCUCGAUUUAUAAGCAAGGUCGGUACCCCCCCACCCGCCCUUGGAUGGUAGGAAUGGUAGCGGUGGUAGGUGGUGCAUGUGUUCCUUCGACAUGAGGUAGAUAGUUCCCUCCGUUUUUUUCAGGGUGAGGUGCGAAAGGGUAUUUCAAGUUACGAUAGACCAAUCCUUCUCCCUCCUACGUGUGUAUUGUGUUGAGUACCAUUGCAUCGGGGGGUGGCAUCACCGUUUACUCGCGGAAAUUGUUCAUAAAACCGGUUAAGAGUUGUGCAUGGCUUCGCCAUCGUAAGAUUUAGGAAAGAGGGGUAUUUUAUUACGGGCGUUGGGUUGUAUGUGGUACCAGAAGGACUAGGAAACGGGUGUGACUUUGCCGUUUAUCUUGCUGCCUGCGUUGCGCAUGAAGCGGCUAAACUCUCGACAGGGGGGGGCGCGAGAGGACGUGCCGGGUGGGAGGUUGGAACCCUUCGGUGCCAACGUGGUCAGUGAUACUUGUACAGGCGACGGGGUUUGUCGGCUCAGUUUGGUGUGUGGUCCGGUCCGUCUUGUGGGAGUAGGUUGUAGCUUCGGGAACGCCAAGAGGAAGACGGCCUCUCUCUACUCGGGUGUCUCUGACAGAAGUACAAUGUCUGACAGAAGUACAGUGUCUCCGGCUGAAGUGCAAUAGAAUAGAUAGUGGGGGUCCCCGAAUAAAGCGGUCUGAACAAGACCGUCGGCCUAUAUCAGGCGGGUGAACUUGGCUGGCAAAGACAGAACAAUCAAGUUGUUCUACACAUUGAAGAAGGCGACCGCCCCAUAUAAGGCUGUCACUACCAGCUAGCCGCCCCACCGCCUUGUUCAUGGACCCCCAAAGUGUUGUAGCUCUCGCGUCCCCCCCCCAAGGUUUGCGCCUCAAGUUUGUUGGUGGCUUGGUGACCUGUCAAUUUGGCUGGGUAAAAUACCAUAGGGUUUCGUGAUGAUGUCAGGCACGUUUGGUUGGUUGGCUCCAAGUCCGCGGUACGAUCUAUGUUGGCUCCACGUGUUCGCCGCUCGCUUAAAUCCAUUGGAAUUGUUAUGGGGCUUCGGUUCGUUUCAUGGAUAAGGGUUAGGGCUAGGGUAACCCUAGCCCGUUCCGAAAGUCUUCCCGCCGGGGUGCAUGGUUUUUACGAGCCUGCGCUUUCGGGAUAUAUACCUGUCCCGAUCGCUUGCCUUGUAGGAUUUUUUUGCGUCCCGUAUCUCGCCUUCCUCGGGGUAGGGUGUCUACACGUGUAUGAGACGC